AUGAAGAUUCAUAUAUUCGUAGCGUUGGCAAUGGUCAUGCAAUAUACAAUAUUGGCACUAGAAUAUCCAGAACUGGAGUUACAAAAUAAAAUAUUCAAGGGAUACAACUCGAAUGUAAGACCAGUGAAAAAUUGUUCUAAACCAGUUGUUGUCACCGUAGGAUUGGCGUUAAGGAAAGUUCUCUAUUUAGAUGAAAUGAGACAGUCAUUUAAAUCUACCAUGAAUAUUAAUCUUUAUUGGCAUGAUGAAUCACUACAAUGGAAUAAAUCCGAGUUUCAUGGGAUAAAGAACGUUGAAAUUCCCUACAAUAAAAAUAUAUGGAUACCUGAUUUAAUGGUUUUAAAUGCUUUGGAUAGGCCGGAAAAUCUUGGCGUACAGGACGCUUUUAUUAGACUGAAUGAUAUUGGACAAGUUUAUGUGUGGACUCAAACUAACCUUGAGACAGCCUGUGGAAUUAGAACUAAAAAGUAUCCCUACGAUUUGCAGGUAUGUGACAUAGUCAUCACAAAAUUCAUGAGCUCAGAUGCUAAAAUAGAAAUAAGACCUUUAGAAAAACAUGUUUACAUGGACGACUACGUUGAAAUAGCGGAAUGGAAAAUAGAGGAUACUUCCGUUGGAACAACAGUUAUUCCAUUUAAUAUUACGCUGUCCGCGGAAGCGGAUUUUCCUCUUUUUGAUAUUGUUAAUUACACAUCGAUUACAUAUACUUUAACACUAAAGAGGUCUUGCAAAUUGUGCUUUUUCAACAUUAUCCUACCGGUAUUGAUAUUAGGAGUCCUUAAUUUUCUCACGUUUUUUGUCCCUUGUGAGAGUGGCGAGAAACUGAGUAACCCGAUAGCUAUGUUUCUGACCUUAGCGGUAUUUUUGACGACCAUUACACGAUCAUUACCAGAGUCGAUUGAUGGUGCAUCAUACCUUAGUUUAUAUGUUACUUUCCAGUUGGCAGUCAGUGCAAUGAUUCUUCUAUGUGCCGUAACUUCUCUGCACAUCCACCAUAAAAAGAGAAAGUCAUAUAUACACUAUAUAGUAUGUCAAAUUACAAAAUGUUUCAGACGUAAGCAAACGCAAAUGAAAGGAUGUAAAAAUAUGAACUCUUCUUACGAGGACAAUUAUAUUGAAAAUGGUCGUUCUAAAACCUUAUCCGAACGUUAUGAGAACUUUCACUCGGAUGGCUUAUCAAAAGCAUUUGAUAUGCUAAUGUUUUACGUGUUCGGAUUAUGUGAAGUCAUUGCAACAAUUACAUUUAGCAUAUUUAUUUGGAAUUAA